UACAUACUGUAUUUAUGCUUGGUCUUGAUUGCCUCUACGCGAAUCCACAGUCUAGUGUAGAGACAAGUGUAGCGUACCAGACACUGCACUUUCCCCCAGCUCACCAUCUCUUCCAUUUCCACCUUCCCUGGCAACCGUGCUGACGAGUAAAACUUGGUCAACUGCUGUUUGAACACGCCGCACUCACUCCCUCUCACUCCGUCGAUGCACAUCCAACAACAGUGACGAUGGAUAUGUCGGCGUCUACACAAACGGUCAUGUCAAUGGAUACUGCGACAAUGAGCAGCUCGGCACCUAUGACGUCGCCAUCGAGCAGCAUGGGCGGCAUGGGAAUGGGUAUGGGAAAUGGAUGCAAGAUCAGCAUGCUGUGGAACUGGAAUGUCAUUGACACAUGUUUCAUCUCGUCGUCGUGGCACGUUAGGUCCAGGGCCAUGUUUGCGGGCUCGUGUAUCGGCGUGAUCCUGCUCGUAGUUCUCCUCGAGUUCCUGCGCCGCGCGGCAAAGGAAUACGAUCGCUUCCUCGUCACACAGUACAGCAAGACGCUCGUCUCGGCUACGAAUACCUCUUCCUCGGCCUCGUCUUCGAACGGCGCAGCUACGAACAAACAACCAGAGACUACAGAGAGAGCAACUUCGGGCAUGGCGGGGGCUUCACGAGCCAAGUUCAGGCCGAGCAUCAUGCAACAGGCGGUUAGGGCGUUGCUACACACGUGUGCCUUUGCCGUGGCGUACUUUGUCAUGUUGCUGGCCAUGUACUACAACGGAUACUUUAUCAUUUGCAUCUUCAUCGGGGCGUACAUUGGAUACUUUGUCUUUGGAUGGGAGAGCUUCAGUGUCAGCGGAGGCGGUGAGGAUCGCAUGCAGGAAGAUGCCACCGUGUGCUGCGGGUAAGAUGAGGUGGGGUGAUACAGGAGACUUAAAGUUAGCCAUAGUCAUCGGUUUGAGAUACACGGUCGAAUCAAACAGCGGAAUAGCAAUCACAGGGGCACAUUCGACGCACGAGUGUCAUGGCAAAAGGUUGUCAUUUUAUCCUUUGUGACAUCAUGUCCUGUUGGCUUGAUGCGUUCCUAGUCAUGCAAUGCUAACUACUACAUGUUGGGCGUUUGAUUGUCUGGGCACGAUGAUUGUUGUGCCGUCGUGCCGUCGAACUCGUAGAGAGCCAGUCUGUUGCUUAUUUGCCGGGGCAGCCGUCACAGCUGCAGGUGGCACCGCAGUUGCAGGCACCGGAAGCACAGCCGCAGUUACCCUUCAUGGUGGUGGUUGGUGGAGUGGUUGGGUUUGGGUGGUUGGAAAUGGGAAGUGUGUGUUCAGAGAGUCUUGGUUGCUUGAGUGGU